CUAAGAGCUAGCAACUUGGAGUUGCGCCUAUCUCUGUUCCUUGGUGUCAUUCAUAUUAUUCAAUUGGAAGCCAGUGAGUUUUGCAGGCAUAUCAUGCAGCCGGAUCUAAGAUUCGUUGCCAUGUGAAAAUUAUCAAAUGCUUAAUUCAUCCCCCUUGCUGCAACCCAUGUGUCCAGAGGACGAUUGACGACCAGGUGGAGACGAGGCUUGAGACCAAUCGUUGACUGCUAGCUUGUGCACUUCCUUAUCUUCUGCCACUCGGGGAGUAUUUUGCCCCCAUUCUCGCUUUCCUGUAUUAAAGAACCAAUAUCCCAGUUCAAAAUCUUUGAGCUAGUCUUCCUCGUCCGCGUAUUCCUACCUAUCCGUCGUUUGUGAAUUUGCUGUCUGUAUAACUACAAUCCAGCACACUCGGUGAGCCUAUCUAGCAUGUCUCCAGCCAUUGAGUUGGACUCAGAUGUCAUUUCACGUGGUGGUGGCGUCUUCUCCACAAGAAAGGCACAAAAGAGCCUUGAUAUCACGGUAGAUCACAAAGUCGUCGAUGAGGAUGAUUCCAUUCUCGAGAAAGACGUCGUCGAUGAGCGAGAUGUGAGAAAGAAGCAGUCGUAUAGCCGGUACCAAACGUUGUGGCUUGCCUAUCAAUCCAUUGGCGUUAUCUACGGUGAUAUUGGCACCAGUCCUCUCUAUGUCUACUCCUCUACCUUCAGCGACAAUCCUAGCUAUGACGAUCUGGUAGGCGCGUUGUCGCUCGUAAUCUGGAGUCUUACCAUCAUGGUGACGAUCAAGUAUGUCUUAAUAGUCCUGUUUGCCGACGAUGAAGGUGAGGGUGGAACUUUUGCACUGUUCACACUUAUCUCUCGAUAUGCAAAUCUCGUCGAACGUGAUCCCCGCGAAGCACGUUCCAUCCGCAUAGAGCGUCACAAUACAAACGAGAUGCAUCGACCCAACAAGUAUGUUCGCUCUUUCAUCGAGCGAUACAAUAUCGUGAAGUGGGCUUUCAAAAUAAUGGGUGUGGCGGGUGUGGGACUUCUUCUUGCUGAUGGUGUUUUGACACCUGCCCAAUCUCUUCUCGGUGCCAUUCAAGGAGCCACUGUGGUGAACCCAAACCUCAGCAGUUCUGCUGUAAUUGGUGCUUCCUGUGCGAUUAUAGUCUUAGUCUAUGCUAUUCAACCAUUGGGUACCGGAAAGCUAGCCGUGACGUUUGCACCCAUCGUCAUUAUCUGGCUCGCUUUCAACCUUGGGUUCGGCAUCUAUAACCUUGUUCAUUAUGAUGCCUCGGUCUUCAAGGCAUUCUCGCCCUAUUUCGCCGGUUCAUUUCUUAUGCGCCAUGGCUCCGAUGGCUGGGUUGCACUGGGCGGUAUUCUACUGGCCUUCACAGGGGUAGAGGCAUUGUUUGCCGACCUUGGUGCUUUCAACAGACAGGCUGUCCAACUUUCGUGGUGCGGUUACGCUUACCCGUGCCUUUUGAUUGGGUACAUCGGACAAGCCGCUUACAUUAGCGUUAACCCCAGUGCAUAUGCAAACCCUUUCUAUCUGACUGUUCCACCUGGGAUGCUUUGGCCCAGUCUGGUCUUCGCAAUCCUGGCCUGCAUCGUCGCCAGUCAAGCCGUCAUUACUGGUGCCUUCCAGCUCUUGUCUCAAAUCAUGAAACUAUCCUACUUCCCUCAGAUCAAGGUUGUCCACGUAUCCAAGGAAUACCAUGGUCAGGUCUAUAUCCCAUUCGCCAAUUGGCUCCUCAUGAUCGGGACAGUGGUGGUGACUGCAGUGUAUACCAACACAACCAAUCUCGGUCAUGCCUAUGGGGUUUGCGUCAUCCUGGUGACAUUCUUGACCACUUGCAUGGUCACCUUGGUUGCCCUUACAGUGUGGCGGUUGCCUGUCUACAUUGUGCUCCCCAUCUUUCUUAUCUUUGCGUUAUGGGACGGAAUGUUCCUAUCUUCUGCGUUAACCAAAGUUCCCGCAGGCGCAUGGGUUACUCUCAUGAUCGCUGGUGUGCUGACUUGCAUAUUCGUUCUCUGGCGCUUCGGCAAGGAGGAGCAAUGGAAGUCGGAGGCCGCAGACAACAUGCCACUAUCGCAGGUUGUUCAUGUCAGAUCCAAUUCCGAAUCAGAUUCCGAGAAUGAUAAUUCUGUUCAGCUUCAACUGGCUCCCGCUCUCGGUGCGGCUCCAAUCUCUCGGACCAACGGCCUAGGCAUCUUCUUCGACAAGGCUGGAAGUCAAGCCGUAGCUCCACAUGUUUUUGUGCAGUUCCUCCAGAAAUUCAGGGCCGCACCGGAAUUCAUAGUACUCUUCCACUUGCGUCCCGUCUCAAUGCCAGCAGUGGCCCCCGAAUCCAGAUACACCGUCUCGUACUGCUUUGCUAGCCAUCCUAAUGGCAAGAACAAAGUUCCCAUACCCAACUGCGUCCGCCUCGUAGUACGCUACGGAUACACCGACGAACUCAUCACCCCUGACCUAGGUAGACUAGUCGCUGAUGCCGUCCGUACCUUCCUGCUUAGCGGGGACCAGUCAAAAGAUGAGACUCGUCUGUCCCUCAGCACUCUUGAUCGCGCUUACACUGAUCAAGUAAUAUACAUCAUGGGCAAGGAGCAGUUGCGUGUCAAAAGGGGUAGGAACAUCUUCCGUUGGGCUUUCUUGAGUUUAUUCGUCUGGAUUCGCUCUAUAACCUCUGCCAAAGUCGAACGUCUAAAUGUCCAAGUCGAUCGCCUAGUAGAGGUGGGCUUCGUUAAGGAGAUAUAACGAGUCAGGGAGUGACCAAUUUGGGAAGUUUUGUUAUAGUAUAGAAGUAGUAAACAAGGGUAUAAUACACCAUACAAAUGUACAUCACAAUGCCAAUAUUUAGUUUGAUACGACUGGGCUGUGUCCAUUGCCGAUAGAAC